AUGGUCCGAGUCCUCUCAUUCUUGGUUCUCGUCUUCCUCGCUCGAAUCGCAUACAUAAUCACCGUCAGAGGCAAAUCUUGCGUCUCCGGCGAUUUCUGCUUCUUCCCCGAAACCCUCAUAUUCGCCACUGGAGAUUACUCACAAUCCGACACCUCUGGCGACGCCGAAAAUACUCGUCUCAGGAACUACUACUACGCUGUGUUUGAAGAUUUGAUUGCCGAGGGCUAUCUCUCGCCUGACUCCAAAUGUAUCUGUAUCGAUACCCUAAGCGGCCAAGACGUCGUGGCUCUGAGAGACAUCGGAGUCACUGAGUCCAUCGGAAUUUCGAAGAAAUCAUCUCCGCCGUUGGUGCUGUACGGUCAGUCGUUUCGACAGCCAUUCGAUGAGAAUAGCUUCGAUUUCGAGUUCUCAGGCGAUGGUCCAUUCGAUGAGAAUAGCUUCGAUUUCGAGUUCUCAGGCGAUGGUGUUUUGGACCGGUCCUCUAAGCCGGUUGAUUUCGCAUCCGAAGUCUCAAGGACCCUCCGACCAGGAGGUUUCUUCGUCGUCCACACCACAGCAAAAGAUCUCUAUAGUCUCAAUUCUUUGCUUGAUUUGUUCAAUACUUAUAGAUUGAUUAGGUCACGUGAUAUCGAGGGUCUUGAUUCUUCAAUGCCAUGGAUUCGUGAAAUUGUUCUACGAAAAAAGAAUGAAGUUCUUCGCCUUGAUGAGAUGAACCAAUCUUUAAAUGUCAAUCCCUUGAACAGAUGCUCUGUUCCAGUGUAUAAACGGGAAUUAAUUCAAAUUGCAGAGCCACUUAUCAAAGAAGAGCCAUUGAAGCCUUGGAUUACAUUGAAGAGGAACAUAAAGAACAUUCAAUAUCUUUCUUCAAUGGCUGACAUACGUUUUAAGAACAGGUAUAUAUAUGUCGAUGUUGGAGCUAGAAGUUAUGGUUCAAGCAUUGGAAGUUGGUUCAAGAAACUAUAUCCAAAACAGAACAAAAGCUUUGAAAUUUUUGCAAUUGAGGCUGACAAGGCGUUCCAUCAAGAAUAUAGAUCAAAAAAAUGGGUUACCCUUUUGCCUUACGCUGCUUGGGUGAGGAAUGAGACUUUGUUCUUUGAAAUUAAUAGGGAACCAAGCAGGAGGAAUGAGGAGAAAGGUCUAGGGAUGGGUAGGAUUCAAGCUGUGCAAUCGUCGAGUAAUUUUGUGGGUGAUUUGGAUAAGAUUCAGGGAUUUGAUUUUGCGAAUUGGUUGAAAAGUGCAGUGUCAAAUAGGGAUUAUGUGGUUGUGAAGAUGGAUGUGGAAGGGACCGAAUUUCAAUUAAUUCCACGGUUAGUUGAGACUGGAGCUAUGUGUUUGAUUGAUGAAAUGUUUCUCGAAUGCCAUUACAAUAGGUGGCAGAGAUGUUGCCCCGGGGAGAGGAGUCCGAAGUAUCACAAGAUGUACGCUGAAUGCUUGGAAUUGUUUGCUUCUCUCAGAGAGAGUGGAGUUCUUGUGCAUCAGUGGUGGUGAGUACUGAGUAGUAA